AUGUUUGCUAACAAAAAGCUCUUCACCACCACCCUCCUCGGGGUCCUGGUCACACUCUCCAUCAUCGCUCUUGUUCUCAGCCUGGUGAAGAUUGAAGAUGUUGCCCUGCCACCCACGGUCAAGUACGGGAUGGUGUUCGAUGCAGGCUCAUCCCACACCUCUCUGUUUGUCUAUGAGUGGGACUCAGACAAGGAGAACGACACCGGUGUGGUCAGCCAGACCUUGUCCUGCGAUGUCCAGGGGCCAGGCAUAUCAAGCUACGCCAACAAUCCCCCAAAAGCCGGUGAUUCCCUAAGGGAGUGCCUGGAUAAAGCCCUGAAGGUCGUUCCUGCUGAGAAGCAGAGGGAUGUCCCAGCUUACCUUGGAGCAACGGCAGGCAUGAGGCUACUGAGGCUACAGAACAGCUCAGCCGCAGACCAAAUCCUGGCCGAAAUCGCUAAAACCAUGCAAGAGUACCCUGUGGCUUUCCGUGGGGCUCGGAUCAUUACAGGAGAAGAGGAGGGAGCUUAUGGCUGGAUCACCAUCAACUACCUGCUGGAGUCCUUCACCAAGUACUCCCCCAAAGCACACACGUGGGUCCGUCCAGAGGCAGCCAACAUGUUGGGGGCACUGGAUCUUGGAGGAGCAUCAACUCAGAUCAGCUUUAUCCCCAAAGGUUCAGCUAUAAACUGGAAUGAAACCUCCAGGUUCAUGCUGUAUGGGUAUAACUACAACAUCUACACACACAGCUACCUCUGCUACGGGCAGAAUGAGAUGCUGAAGCGCCUGGCAAAGGAGCUAAUUCUGGAGUCGUCCUCCAGCACACGAGUCGAACACCCGUGCUACCCCAAAGACUACAAUGAAACCAUCUCGCUGUCUUCCUUCCACACCAGCCCCUGCACCAAUGCGAGUGACCCACGCCUGUCCCUCAGUGACAGAAAUAUGACCCUGGAGGGCAGGGGCAAUGCCAGCGGGUGCCUGGUUGCCAUCAGGAAGCUCUUCAACUUCUCGGCAUGUGGCCAGAGCCAGGACUGCACCUUUGAUGGCGUCUACCAGCCCCCCAUCAGCGGGCAGUUCUUUGCCUUUUCUGCUUUUUACUAUAACUUCAAGUUUCUCAACCUGACCGAAGGGCAGCCACUGGCCACCGUCAGGGAGAUCAUCGAGCGUUUCUGCGCAAGGAGCUGGGAGGACCUUUCUUCCAGCUACCCUGAAGAGAACCCUGAGAGGCUGCCCAAAUACUGCGCCAACGCCAACUACAUCCUCACACUCCUCCUCGACGCCUACAAGUUCAACGAGAGCAGCUGGAACAACAUCUUCUUCCAGAUGAAGGCGGGGAGCGCCGACGUGGGCUGGACACUGGGCUACAUGCUGAACCUCACCAACAUGAUCCCGGCGGAGGCUCCGGGGCGGCUGAAGGGGCACACUCCCUCCCUGUGGGCUGCGGCCGUCGCCUUUGUCGCCCUCAUACUGGCCUUGGGGCUCAUUGCCCUGCUCCUGCUCUUGCGCGUGUAG